UUUCAUGGUUAGAGUCACCACGCAUGGCUGCUUCAUUUUCAACGGCUCACGUACCCCCCUUCUCCUCCGCACGAAACGAACUUUUUUCAUCCUGUCAUGGCUUCGGAAACAGCGUCGUGAGAUUGAAGCCCCAAUUGAAGUUUCAGACUCAGUCUCUUAAACACAAAACCAGGCCUAAACGAGGUGAGUCGAUUAAGCGCGACGUGAUUAACGAAGACGAUAGCGUUGACGAGACUUACAACUCCGUCGACGAUAAGCAGUUCGUGUGGUGGUUCCGUGAGGCUUGGCCUUACCUGUGGGCCCAUCGUGGCGGCACUUUUGUUGUUAUUAUUUCUGGCGAAAUUGUUGCUUCCCCCUUCUUAGACGUCAUUUUAAAGGAUAUCGCGUUUUUGCAUCACCUGGGGAUCAGAUUUGUUCUUGUUCCAGGAACUGACGUGAUGAUCGACAAGCUUUUGGCUGAGAAAGGGCGUGAACCCAAGUAUUUUGGCAGCUAUAGAAUAACAGACUCUGAAUCAUUAGAUGCUGCAAUGAAAGCGGCAGGAGGGAUUCGUCUAACCAUAGAAGCAAAACUUUCACCUGGACCUUCCAUAUUUAAUAUUCGUAGACAUGGAGAUACUAGCCGUUUGCAUGAAGUUGGUGUCAGUGUUGCUGGUGGUAACUUCCUUGCAGCCAAGAGAAGAGGAGUUGUCGAAGGUGUUGAUUAUGGAGCAUCGGGUGAAGUAAAGAAAGUAGAUGUUGCUCGCAUGUAUGAGAGGCUUGAUGGUGGUUGUAUAGUGAUACUAAGCAAUCUGGGCUAUUCUAGCUCUGGAGAAGUUUUGAAUUGCAAUGCGUAUGAGGUUGCUACAGCUUGUGCAUUAGCUAUUGGAGCAGAUAAACUUAUUUGCGUUAUAGAUGGCCCAAUUUUGGAUGAGUAUGGACGCCUUAUUAAUUUCCUGCCUCUUCAUGAAGCUGAUAUGCUAAUCCGUCAGCGGGCAAAGCAAAGUGAGAUAGCGACCAAAUAUGUGAAAGCUGUUGGUGAAUAUCUCACUAGCAUUGGACGUACUGGUUCUACUGCAGUUGUCCACUGUUCGCAGAAUGGCAAGGCUCCUAAUAGUACACAUUAUGCAACCUUUCAGAAUGGCAUUGGUUUUGAUAAUGGCACUGGACUACGGUCUGGAGAACAGGGUUUUGCUAUUGGAGGGCUGGAGCGGCUAAGUAGACUAAAUGGUUACCUUCCAGAGUUGGCUGCUGCAGCUUUUGUCUGCAGAGGUGGUGUAGAAAGAGUUCACCUGUUAGAUGGCACAAUUGGCGGGGUUUUAUUGUUGGAGCUAUUCAAAAGAGACGGAAUGGGGACAAUGGUGGCCAGUGAUCUAUAUGAAGGGGCUAGGAUGGCUAAGGAAACAGAUGUUGCUGGAAUCAAGCAAAUCUUACAACCUUCAGAAGAGUCUGGUACAUUGGUUCGCAGGAGUGUUGAGGAGCUAGUUAAGACCCUAGAUUCAUUCAUUGUUAUGGAAAGGGAAGGUCAAAUUAUUGCUUGUGCUGCUCUUUUUCCUUUCUUCAAGGACAAGUGUGGAGAAGUUGCUUGUAUCGCAGUUUCUCCAGAAUGCCGAGGACAAGGGCAGGGAGACAAAUUGCUUGAUUACAUCGAGAAGAAAGCAUCCUCCCUUGGAUUGGAUAUGCUUUUCCUGCUGACUACUCGUACUGCUGAUUGGUUUGAAAGACGAGGCUUCAAAGAAUGUUCCAUUGACAUGAUACCAGACAAAAGGAGGCUAAGGAUUAAUCUAUCCCGUAAAUCCAAGUAUUACAUGAAGAAGUUCCUAGCAGAUCGGAGUGGAAUUAUUGCUGAUAAAGCAUUUGAAUGAGCUAAGCAAAGGAUAAAACUAUGUUGUUUCACUUUUCAAUUUUGUUGAAAUACUCAGGUUUGAUACUCGUAUUUGAGACAUAGAUAUGAAUAUAUGAUUCUCCAAAUACAUAGAAGAAACCUAGAAAAAUCUGAUCAUAUACGUAUCCAAAGUAGCAUAGGAUAAAGUGUCAUGCCCCUUUAGUCAACCCUAACCAGGGAUGCAACUUCAUCCCAUCUGGUUAGCUACAAAACCAUAUACUUUAGGGGAGGAUCUGAUUUUCUCUGCAUCAGGUUUUUGUCAUGGUUUGUGGUUUUACAUAAUUUUGUAUGUUAAAUGUAAUUACUAUAGUGCUUCACAAAAUGAUAAAUAAAUUGGCCCCUUCUUUUAUGGUUUAUUUGUAACUCCGAAGAUAGAGUUACAGCCCUAAGGAUUGCUGCAUUUUCCAUUUCUACUACUACUGAAUUUAGAUCUAAACAUACA